AUGCGCAAGAUCUGCGGGCGGACUCUGCUUAACUCCGAAAUCGGAUUCCAGCUUACUUCUCCCUUCAAAGGUUAUUCCCACUUCGUCCUCGCAAUCGCCCCAUUGAAUAUGUCUUCCCCCAAUAGUGCAGUCAAUAGUGAAGUCGAGAGAGCUUGGACCCUGCAGCCCGUCGCAGAAUCCAAAAUCGCCUCAACCAACGCGCAAGCAGUAAGGCCGUCGCCACAUCUCACCACUGAUGAGUCCCACACUAACGAUGUCCCGCCAGGAAAAAGACGCGCUGCUCAACUAAAAAAGACCGGAAAAUCAGAUUUGAAAUGGGUCAUAUAUACAGAUCAUGCCAAUAUUUCCAAACCCAACAAUCCGCCCGUCAAAUCCGACAAAGAUCAACCAAGCCAUGAACUCAUCUACCCGGCAACAACCCAAGUAGAUCACCAGGAACCGAAACCAUUCAGCCAAAAUGAUCUAGAGAAACGAUAUAAACAAAUAAGUGACAUCCGACGAAUCGCCCUGCAAAGCAUGGCCCAAAAAACAAUAUCCCCAAGCGCAGUCCUCUGCGUACCGCAAUACAAUAUCCUACGCGCAAUGUUCGCCAACGCCAAAAUAAUGGGCCUGACAAUGGAACUACUAAACGAGGACAUCGCGUCUCAAUUCAACAUCGUCGGCCAAUCAACGUUUCACCUCCCAGCAAGCCUUCUCCCGUCCGAAUCACAGAAGCAAAUCGUUCACCACCCCUGGGUCGAUAUAAUCCCAAUCUUAUCUUUGCGAGAAGCCCUUUUGAUUCGGGAGGACAUAUGCGAGGAGGAUGAGUUCUGUGGUGACCUCUACGGGAUCUGUGCAUCCACAAAUGAAGUCGGGCUUCGGGUUUGGGGGGAUGCUUGGAAUCCGCGCGCAUAUGAGGCUUCGGAAUAUUUGCUGAGGAAGUGGAAUUGGAUUGCUGAAGAGUGUCCGGAUCUUGUUCGGUCUACAAAUUACUGGAGGAGGAAACGCGGAGAGAAAACACUUUUUCUUCGAUGA